AGAAAGAGGUUGCGGUCCCACUGCAAAACAACUGUGCGAAGCUUAGUCCUCAGGGCUCGGCCGCCGCAAAGCUGUCUGGGAAAAGUAGUCGGCAAGGCACGUGAGGCGCCGGACGGCUCGUCUAGCCGCCAAGCCUCCUGGGAAAUGCAGUCGGGCGCGGCACGGCCCUCGUGACGUGAGGGAAAGAGGAAUCGGGUGACAUGAGUGGGGCCUGAGGGGGGACCCACAAGAUGUCGGAGCCCGGGAGAUCCACCCGCGCCGGCGCAGGGGGCUAAGGGCCCAGGCACAGGAAGAGAGUGCCUGGAAGCCGGUUGUCACGGCAACGCGAGGGCUGAUUUGUACGAGAAAGGCGGGCCUUUAGUCACGUGAUCAGGCCAGUGGUUGAGGCCAGAGGAGAGCUAGGCGGGAGGCUGUUGCCCGGCAACGCCUGGGAGCGGAGUCCCCACAGUAUAGCCUCUCCCCCCGAGGAGGUGGGCUCGGAGUCACGUGACUCAGACCCUACGGGAGGGGGCGCGGUCGGAGCCUGGCGGACGCAGCGGUGAAGUGAGGGCAGAGGGGCGCGCGCGUGGCUCCCAGGCCUGGACCCCAGCCCCGCUGGACAGCGGGAGAAACUGAGACCUGAGUGGGUGAGUUCGCGGUUGGGAGAGUGCAGUGAGUCGCACGCCCCCUUUGUCCAGAGGGGAAACUGAGGCCCGGCGAGGUCAGGGGGCCGGUGGGUUCUGCAAGGAUCGGGUUUCCUCCUUUCCUCCCCCAUCGGAGCCUGGCUGUUUCAUCCAUCCAUUCAUCUAUCCGCCCACUCACCCACCCAGCUUGCCAGCCAACCCCUGCGGGGGAACUAUGGUCAGGGCCAGUUUGAGGAGAGUGUUGAGCUGUGGGACUUCCGGGCUUUCCCUGGAAGUGGGGAGAGGUGGGAGAGUGUUCCCUGCUGAGUGGACGCUGGCGUGACUGGGUUAGGGCGAGGAGUUCACUUUUCUGAGAACUGAUAGAUUCAUGGAUAGGAAGUGGGGAAGAUGAGGAUGGACAGAGAGCCGAGGCCAGACCUGCUGGGUCUCGUGGGCUGAGGCCUGCGCCGGCCACCCUCUCUCCCGCUGCAGGCCCAGGGAGGGCCAUGAAGGUGCUGCUCCUCGUGGGGCUGGGAGCCCUGUUCUUUGCCUAUUAUUGGGAUGACAACUUUGACCCAGCCAGCCUCCAGGGAGCCCGUGUGCUGCUGACUGGAGCCAGUGUGGGCGUCGGGGAGGAGCUGGCAUAUCACUACGCGCGCCUGGGCUCCCACCUGGUGCUCACUGCCCACACCGAGGCUCUCCUGCAGAAGGUGGUAGGGAACUGCCGGAAGCUGGGCGCUCCCAAGGUCUUCUACAUCGCUGCGGACAUGGCCUCCCCUGAGGUGCCCGAGCGCGUGGUGCAGUUUGCGCUGGACAAGCUGGGAGGGCUGGACUACCUGGUGCUGAACCACCUCGGCGCCGCCCCAGCAGGCACGCGGGCCCGCAGCGCCCAGGCGACUCGCUGGCUCAUGCAGGCUCUAGGCUCCGCCCCUUCCCCUUCUGGCCUUCGGUUCCUCCUCCGCCCGGUGACUCGCAGUCGCCACCUCCAGGUGAACUUACUGAGUUACGUGCAACUGACUUCGUUGGCGCUGCCGAGUCUGACUGACAGCAAGGGCUCCCUGGUGGUGGUGUCCUCGUUGCUAGGCCGCGUGCCCACGUCCUUCUCCAGCCCCUACUCGGCGGCCAAGUUCGCACUGGAUAGCUUCUUCGGCUCUCUCCGGCGAGAGCUGGACGUGCAGGACGUGAACGUCGCCAUCACCAUGUGCGUCCUGGGCCUCCGGGAUCGCGCCUCGGCCACCGAGGGAGUCAGGGGCGUCACGAGGGCCAAGGUGGCCCCAGGGCCCAAGGCAGCCCUGGCCGUGAUUCGUGGCAGCGCCACGCGUGCCUCCAGCGUCUUCUACCCGUGGCGCUUCCAUCUGCUCUGCCUGCUUCGCGGCUGGAUGCCACAGCCAAGGGCCUGGUUCAUCCGCCAGGAGCUCAACAUCACGACCCCCGCUGCUGCCUGAGCCCCUGGGCUUAAUGCCCCUUCGUCUUCCCAGAAGAAGACCCUCCAGCCAAUCGUCCUGGAGCCUGGACAGACACCUCUGAGCGGGUGGCCAAGGGCCAAAAGAAAGUCAUCAAGACAGAAAAGUAAACCUGAGAAAAACUACCAGCACCUGAAAACAGUCAGAACUCGGGGCGAGCCCGGCAUCUUGUCAGGGACUUGGAAGGCAAUUAAUUACCUCAGUCUUCUCAGCUGUCAUUGAUGAUAUGAUUGCUGCUUCCAUUUUGCAGAUGAACAAACAGGCUCAGAGAGGCUAUGUGACUUGCCUCAGGGCCCUAGCCACAUCAAGCAGGUCACAACACCACUGAGCCACCCUUGGAACCCUCUCUACUUGUGACCUGAAACCACUGCGUCCCUGAUUUAUUCUUUCCACUCACUCAGCCUUGGAGCAUCCCCCAACCAUUUUCCCGAGCAGGGGAGCCCUCGAAGCUGUCGAGUUGAUGGUGGGGUCUGAGGAGGGGGAAGAGGAAAAGAAUGUGUUCUGGACUGGAUCCAGCCUCCCAUUUGAUAAUAAAAAUCUUUCUUCCCUUGCA